GCGUCACGCGUCACGCGCAACGCUACACCCGCCACUCGCAGCGCAAUCCAAUAGAUGAGGAGGAAGCACGAUGGCCUCCUUCAAAGACUGGCUGACGGUGACGUGGGCGCAGAGCGGCAUGCAGCUUCAGCCGGCCGCAGCAGACGAUCCCGAUUCCGUCAGGAACCGGUGCGGGCGCGCCGGCAGCCUAGCGGUGACGCCGGGCGAGAGGCUGCUGGAGCUGCUGCGGCCGAGCGCGCCCUCUGACACACCUGCGCCACGCCGCCACUCCACCGCCGCGUGCGCGCCACCUCCGCGCCCCGCCGGCUUCGUGUACUGCCCCUCCGAUGCGCUGCCCUACUGCCCGCCUUCGAGACUGGCGCCGCCCAGAUCACAUGUAAAGCUACCUCCGCCGCCGCAGGCGUCACCCGUACAACCUCCUCCGGUACCACAGCGCACGGUACCCGCGGUGAAUCCGGCGGCGUUGCCCGUGCCCCCCACUGCGGUGCCGGCUCCUUUGGCAGUGCACCGCGCUGCGACCCCGGUACCUCUGGCUGUGCCCCCGCCAGCGCCACCGCGCCGCUCGUCACCGCAGCCGCCCCGCCGCGUACCACCGCCGACUCCCCCGCGGCCCGCACAACCAGCUCCGCCGCCGACCGAUCCCAACGGCAACCGGCGCACGGUGCCCCCGACCCCGACGCCGACGCAGCCGUCGAAGCUCGACUGCAACAAGAAUCCGCAGCCGCCGCCCCUCAGGAGGCCGCCACAGAAGAUGCCGGACACACCGUAUACGCCGCCGCAGAACCAGAUCAAGCGCUCCCCGAGCUCUGGCUCCAACAUCAGCGUGCGCCAGGACUCUAACGUGUCCUCGGACUCGUUCAGCCAGACCUCCUCGCCCUCCUACACCACCAAGACUAUGGAGGCGCCGCUACUCCCGCACCAGAACGUCAACAAGAGCCUCAACGCUAAGAUAGCGCGUGGCCUGUUGCUGAAGGAGCAGCAGGACAAGGAGUCCGCGAGCACUUCCAUCACAAAGAGCAUGUCGACGCCGGCCUCGCUGCAGACCAUAGUCAGGUUCCAGAACGGCAGCAACAUGUCGUUGCACCACCGGAUGCUGCGGGACAUGCGGGGGGCGGGCGGCGAGGCCACGGGGCACAGGUUCCGGCUGGUACAACUUGUGCUCAACGCGGUGGCACUGCUCGCCAUAACUGCAGCGCUCUUCGCAUACUUCCGAGCCAAUCCCGCCGUGCAGUACGUAUCGCAAGUAGUGAACCGGUCGGUGAUAGUACCGUGGCCGGCGCCGGCGGAGCCCCCGGGUGCGCGCAAUCCCGCGCCCGGCGUCUGCCUGCCCGUCAUCGUCUCCUUCUGCCACCAGCAUCGCAUCUCCUACAACUUUACAGUCUUCCCUAACUACAUCGGCCACUUCGGCCAAAGGGACGCUCAACAGGAUUUGGAGAUCUAUGACGCGGUGGUGGACGUGCGGUGCUACGAGCUGACGGCGCUGUUUCUGUGCUCGCUGUUCGUGCCCAAGUGCGGCCCACUCGGCCACAUGGUGCGCCCCUGCCGCAGCCUCUGCCAAGAAACAAUGCGGCGGUGCGGGUUCUUCCUGGAAGUUUUCGGACUGUCGAUGCCUGACUACCUGCAGUGCGAGAUAUUUCCGGAGUCCACGGACACAGACGUCUGCCUCGGCAACAAAGAGGUCAAAGAGGCUCGGAUUAGGGCCGCUAAACCGGUGUGCCCGAGCGGGUUCCAGUGCGACGUGCGGCGCUGCAUUCCGCACGACUGGCGCUGCGACGGGCACGUGGACUGCGCCGACCGCUCCGACGAGCUCAACUGCCGCGUCUGCAAGCAUGGCGCCGACCUGCACUGCGGCAACCAGCGCUGCGUCUCCCAGGUGCACCUUUGCGACGGCCGCGUCGACUGCCCCUGGGGACAGGACGAGAGGAAUUGCCUGCGGCUGAGCGAGGCGACGGGCGACGUGGGGCGCGGUGAGCUGCAGGUGUACCGUGCCGCCAAUCAGUCCUGGUUUCCCGCCUGCAUCGCCGCUCGCGCGCUCGACCCCGCCACUGCGCACAAGAUCUGCGCCAUGCUCGGAUACUCUUUGGUGAACCGCAGCAGUACAGUGGGCGGCAUGGGUCGCGUGGGGCGCAUGCAUCCACACGUGGGGCUCGAGCACGCAGAGCACAUGCACUCAGAGCACGAACACAGCGCGGCGCAGUCCUUUCGCGCAUUUCAACGCCGCGAGGGUGGCCUGUUGCGCGAGCUGAAGGACUGCCGGCACGACUCUGCACACAUUCAUCUCGUCUGUAACAAUUACGAGUGCGGCAAACGUCGGACAAUUGGCGGGGGCACGAAGCGCAUUGUAGGCGGCGUUGAAGCGUCGCCCGGCGACUGGCCCUUUCUGGCCGCUAUCCUCGGCGGGCCCGAGGAGGUGUUCUACUGCGCCGGCGUGCUCGUCGCUGACCAGUGGGUCCUCACCGCCUCGCACUGCGUCGGCAACCACUCGGACGUGAACGGGUGGACGAUCCAGCUGGGCAUUACGCGGCGGCGCUCGCACGCCUACUACGGCCAAAAGGUGAAGGUGCGCCGCGUCGUGCCGCAUCCGCUUUACAACGUAGGCGUCGCGCACGACAACGACAUCGCACUCUUCCAGCUGGCGGUGCGUGUGCGCUACCACGAGCAGCUGUCCCCGGUGUGCCUGCCGCCUGCACGGCGUGCGCUGCAGCCUGGCACGAUCUGCACCGUCAUCGGCUGGGGCAAGCGCGACGACAAGGACAUGUCGGAGUACGAGCCUGCGGUGAACGAGGUGGAGGUGCCGGUUCUGAGCCGCGAGCUCUGCAACCAGUGGCUGGAGCACCGUGAUCUCAACGUCACCGCAGGCAUGGUCUGCGCCGGAUACCCCGAGGGCGGCAAAGAUGCCUGCCAGGGCGACUCCGGAGGGCCGCUCCUGUGCAAAGACCCCGAGGACCCAUCGCGCUGGUACGUGGGGGGCAUCGUGUCGUGGGGCAUCAAGUGCGCUCACCCGCGGCUGCCUGGCGUCUACGCAUACGUGCCCACUUACGUGCCCUGGAUCCUGCGCCAGCUGGAGCUCUACAACGACGACAACGCGCCCUCUGACGACACAUGAAC